UCUUAUGAUCCCUCGGCCAUUGUGUGCUAAAUUAUCGGAUUGUUCCAUGGAACCGGUGUAGCACGAUUUCUGCUGACCUUGGCCCUGCCUAUACUAUAAAUCCGCUGCUGAGAACAGACACUGUCUGUUCGGAAGAUGGUGUUUUCGUGAUCCGUUUAUUUUGGAUCGAAGGGUCUUCGACCAUUUCUGCUUGUCAUUCCGUUGUCAACUCUGACCUUUUCAAAUAUGGCGUUCUUCGAAGGUUCUCUUACUCGAAUUGCAUGGAAAAAUCAGUUUCCCUACGUCAUAGCGCUUGUUAUACUCGUGUCAUUGGUUUUGCGCCCUAAUCGCAUCCCGGGUUGGUUUGUCCUAUGUGUCAUGUUACAGCUCCAAGUCGAGCUUGUUUUGAUGUGCUGGUUGGGUUCGUUUUCUUUACAAAUAACCAAUAUAUCCCCCUCUGGCUUGCCACGUUCUGUUGUCUUUGUGUUUAUUACUUUUCGUGAUCUCUGUUCUUUUUGUCCUCUCGGGAUAACCAAAAUGGCGCACAAUCAUCACUGUCAUCAUUUAUCGUCUUCCUUGGGAAUUCUCUUGAAGAACUCGCAGGAAUCCAAAUAAAACAGCUGGCUAGGAGAGCCAAUACACAUACAAAGGAUCCAUGGAGAACCCGGAC